CAAAUGCAACGCACGUCACGUGACUGAACCCCGGAAGUGAGCCGACCGUCAUCGUUGAAAGAAUGAGUGUGCAGUUCUUUUAGUAAUUGCGCGAUUCCUGUGGGUUUUCAGAGGAUAAUACAUUUACAGAUGGCUUCCUCCGAUUGGCACCUGUCUGUGAAGCUGGUGGAUCAGCCCAAAUCCAUCUUCCACUUCCCUGAGAUGAUGCCAGGGGAUGUUGCACCCGGAGGAUACAGAGUCUCUACCCUAAAACAGCUGGUGGCGGCUCAGCUCCCCAACUCCAUCCCUGACCCUGACCUCAUAGAGCUGGUCCAUUGCGGGCGUAAACUUAAAGAUGAUCUCACGUUGGAUGCUUGCGGGAUUCUACCAGGAUCCACUUUACAUGUACUGAAAAAGACAUGGCCAGAACCUGAGAGUAUUGCAGAACCUGUGAACAGAGCCACUGCGGCUCGAGAGUUCCGAAUGCUCCACGCUGCCCUCCACUCUCUGCACUCCACCUAUAGAGACUCAGUCUACAAAAUGCUGACCAACAAGGAGUCUCUGGAUCAGAUCAUAGUGGCCACACCAGGUCUCAGGUCAGACCCAGUGGCGCUAGGCGUGCUGCAAGACAAAGAUCUCUUCGUGCAGUUCACAGACCCCAACAUGUUGGACACACUCAUCAGUUCUCACCCUGCCCUCGUCAAUGCCAUCAUCCUUGUGCUGCACUCUGUGGCUGGAAGCAUGCCGGCCCAGUCCGCCUCCUCUUCGUCCCGCAACGUCUCCUCUAGCUCCUACAGCGACAUGCCAGGAGGCUUCAUGUUCGAGGGCAUGUCUGAUGACGACGAAGACUUCCAGUCUGGGAGCCCGGCGGGUCCGUCGAGCAGAGCAGGCUCCUCGGCGGGAAUACGACCACUAUCACUGAACCACAGCGGCGCCGCGGGGCCUCGACCCAUCACACAGAGCGAGCUAGCUACGGCGCUAGCCCUCGCUAGCACGCCUGAAAGCAGCGCCGUGACUCCAACCACAGCGAGCCAGGCGGAGUCCUCUAGUGGCGCCGCCCCCAUGCCAGCAGGGACGCCGGUCAGCAAUGACCUCUUCAGCCAGGCGCUGCAGCAAGCCCUCCAGGCCUCCAACAUGUCAGGCCUGCAGGGUCGCUGGCAGUCCCAGAUGCAGCAGCUGAGAGACAUGGGCAUCCAGGAUGAGGAGUUGAUGCUGAGAGCUCUGCAGGCCACUGAUGGAGACAUCCAAGCGGCCCUGGAGCUCAUCUUUGCUGGAGGACCAGGACUCUGAGCACAGACCCCACCUAUGGACCCGGACUUUAUCAGAGAAAGGAUGAUUCUAAGGAGGAUGAGAAUUUUGUAGGUUUUGUGGAAGUGGGUAACUGUACUGCUUGUUAAUAUGCAGACGUGUCGUGCUUACAUGUUGUCAUUGAAACAGCAUGACACCCUAAUAGCUUCUUACUUUUAGACUGACAGCUGAAGUAAUAAACGGAAAUAUAAGCUUUUUGGAUGGAAACACCUGUUGUAUUUGA